UAACCACUAACAAAACCUCUCCUCUCUUUUCCGUUCAUGCUUUGCGUUCCCAACGUUACACCUGUCCACACCUGAUAGCUUCUUUUUCCGGCCAUCUACACGUGGCAGGGUUUAAGAUUCCAUCACUGCUAUAAAUAUAUGUAAAAAAACAAUUUAAAAAAAGGAUGAUCACCUUGGUAAUAAACAAAUACUGCUUUGUCAAGAGAUCACACCACCACAACAACAAAAAACGAUGCGAGUCUCCGGCGAGAAAAAUGGCGGCGGAUAUGACGAGUCUGGAACGAGUUUGUACCGAGUUCUGGUGGAUCGAUGCUCGAGUCUUGAAGCGAGUCAUGCAAAGCUGAAACAGCAACUGAGUGAACUUAUGGAGGCUGAUGAGAAAAGAAAAAAGAAUAAUAGCGACGCUAUGGCGAUGUCAGAUGCCCAGUGGGGGUGUAUUCCUGGGUACUUCACGACUGGGAGUCCUUACAAGAGCGUUCUGGAUUGCAUUGGACAUGCUGUUCAUGUGUGUAAGGCUUCCUCGGGUGAAAUUGUAUACUGGAAUCGUUCUGCUGAAAAUCUAUAUGGAUGGAAAGACAGUGAAGUCAUUGGACAAAGCGCUACUGAACUCCUUGUCGCUGAAGACCAUUAUGCACAUCUAAAGAAGAUAAUGGAAAAACUGAGCUUUGGACAAUCAUGGUCUGGUCGGUUCCCAUUCAAGAAAAGAUCAGGUGACUUGUUUAUGGCUUUGGUUACAAAAAGUCCAUUGUAUGAGGAAGGUGAGCUUGCUGGCAUUGUUACUGUUUCAAGUGACGCAGCAAUAUUUAACACCGAAAACUCACAAAAUCGUGCUAGAUCACCGAGGCUAAACUUGAAAAAGAUUCAAUGGAGCCCACGACCACCAAUUGCGCCAGUGACACAGAUUGCAUCGUCAGUUUCCAAUCUGGCCCCAGAUUUUUUGGCUCGAAAACAUGGUGAUGACACAUGCAAUGAACAUGGAAAUUCUGGGGACAAAGGAGAUACUGCAACAGAUAUGCGGUGCUUUAGAUCGGAGAUCCCUGGUGAACCAGCUGCUAAGAUACUGUUAGCAAACCUGAAUAUCAAGGGCAUUGACAACAUUGGAAAACAUGACGAUGCCAGUGCUCAACAACAUGAUCCUCGUGAUGUUGCAGAAAGAAAUGAAGCACCAAAUGGAACGAACGAUCUUGCAAGUUCAAAGGCAUCGCCUUCUUAUCACUGCAACAGCGAUGCUGAAGGAGAAAUGUCUCAGAAUAUAAAUUCCUCCUCGGAAUUCCGAAGAGAAUAUUCAAAUGCAAAUGCAUAUCCAAUCAGAAGCCCUAAUGAUUCAGAAGAGAACUUUCCUAUAGCCUCAUCAACAGAAUGCAAUGGACGUCUGGGGUUAGAUAAGCCAGGAGGUCAGCUGCAAAAAGUAGUUUGCCAACAGGAAAGGAAUGAAUUGGAGCUAGAAGCAUCAAACUUGGAAUCCAAUGGGGUAGAAUAUGAUGCAAAAAGACAGCCAGAUGGUAGUUUUCCAAGGCACGAGAAGAGUGUCGGCAGCCUUGCAAGUGCAUCAAGCAAAAGGGAUCGCGAUUCAAAUUGCAUGGUGGACUGUGAGAUUCACUGGGAAGACCUACAACUGGGAGAGGAGAUUGGUCGAGGUUCAUAUGCUGCUGUUCGUCGUGGAAUUUGGAAUGGAUCGGAUGUUGCCGUAAAGAUUUAUUUUGGGAAUCAAUACAAAGAAGAGACUUUACUAGACUACCAGAAAGAGAUCAAUAUAAUGAAAAGACUCAGGCAUCCAAAUGUGUUGCUAUUUAUGGGAGCAGUAUAUUCACCAGAAAGAAUUGCCAUUGUCACGGAGUUUUUACCCAGGGGAAGUCUUUUCAAGACACUACACAAAAACAGCCCAGCCUUGGACAUUAGACGGCGUCUAAAGAUGGCCCUUGACGUUGCUAGAGGCAUGAAUUAUUUGCAUCAUAGAAAUCCACCUAUAGUGCAUGGGGACUUAAAAUCUUCCAAUCUCCUCGUUGAUAAAAACUGGACUGUCAAGGUUGGAGACUUUGGGCUGUCAAAGUGGAUGAAUGCAACAUUCUUAACUGCAAAAUCUGGAAGAGGAACUCCUCAAUGGAUGGCCCCUGAAGUCCUCCGGAAUGAACCUUCAAAUGAAAAUGUUUGGCUUGCCCCGCAUCUGCACAGAUCUGAUGUGUUCAGUUUCGGCGUCAUCCUCUGGGAACUCAUGGCUGUUUCCAUUCCAUGGAUCAAGUUAAAUUCCUUACAGGUAGUUGGGGUUGUAGGCUUCAUGGAUAGAAGAUUGGAAUUACCAGAAAGCCUUGAUCCCAAGGUAGCCUCUAUCAUCAACGACUGUUGGCGGAGUGAUCCUGAACAACGUCCAUCGUUUGAGGAGAUAAUACAAAGAAUGGCAGGUGACAUAUCCCAGAGAUGUUGAAGACUGAAAACAGCGAUCGCUUGCAAAACAGUCCAAAGGCACGUCAAUACUUGAGUAAGUACAUAGAAGACAAGAAGCUAUGAGGUUGUUUUGUCACUUUUGGGUGCGUGUUUUUAGAGUUUAAAAAUGAUGUAAUAAAAAAAGAGAUGACAAAAGGUUGAAUAUGAACGGUAAAAAAUUGAAAUUCUAGUUACCUUACCUGGGAAUGCUGGGUACCAAUAAUAGAGAAAGUAUCCCUGUGGCU